AUGGAAUAUCGAUCGCUUAGGGGUGUAUAUUGUGUUAUUGCCAUUGUAUGUAAUUUUCCAUGUGUUGAGACGUUCUUAUUCACCCGCUCAAUGUACGUAGCAAUGUUUGGUACUGGUUCUGGUUUAGUUUGUAGGAUCCAGAAGAAAGAAGACUUAGCAGAAGCCCGAUCAAGGAACAAGAAGAAAGAAGAAGCAGAAGAAGCGCAAACGAGUCCAUCGGAACCACUGAAGAUACCACGAGGAACAGAAGGUAAGGAGUCACAGCUCGAGAACUUUCUUGCAGCAAUGGUUCAACAAAUGGAAAUUCAACAUGAAGAAAUGAAAACACUACUCAACGCCUUGGCACCCGCGCAGAGAACCGCCGUACGGGACGUCAGCAGGGAUCAAUACGACCAGCUGAGUAAGAACGUGCAAAUGUUCGUGUCCGACGAAGAGGUGGAUCACACUUUCGCCUAUUGGUACAAGAGGUACGGCCCGGUCAUCAGGGAUUCGGUCUUGCUGGAUAGCAAGAAGCGCGAUUUGAUCCUCAUAAAGCUGAACGAGGAUGCAUAUCGCAAAUAUGCGGAUGACAUGCUACCGAAACAACCGCACGAGAUCGAUUUAGAGAUGACGGUCGCGAAUUUGGAUGCGUCAAAGAAGAGGCUGAUUCGACGAUGGUACGAGUGUCUCAGGAUAAACUGCCAGUUGCUGACAGCCAGUUAUGUACCAUUUCGCGACUACCCUAACAUGAUCAAGCGGAUGGACGAAGACGCUCGACUGAAGGAGCUGGACUACACAGCACUGAAGACGCUACAGUUCGUAGCAGGAUUUCAAGAUCCGUCGCUUCGCGAAAUGGACAACACAGACAUGGAAGGAAGUCAUGGUGUCCAUGUCGUGCAGAAAAAGAAUGUGAAGUGCGUCAAUUGUGGAGGAUCGCACUACAGAAGCACAAGUCCGCUUCUCUUCUCCAACACUGGACAGAAGCUGCGACAGAAACUAAGAAGACGAUCCAACCGUCGCAAGAGAAGCCAGUGCAAGAACGUUGUCACCUUCUCCGCUGAGAACGCUCGAACCGAUGUCAAUAUCAGGACACGUUAUCUACGCUUCCAGCUCGACACAAGUAUCACGUUGGUAUCACGUCAAAGGUGGAAAAAGCUUGGCUCUCCACCCUUGAAACCCUGUAUCAUGCCAGUCAAGACGACAGAUGGAUCACCAAUGAAGAUUGAUGGAAGAUUCUCGACAGACUUCUUUUUCAGAGACCGCAUAACUGGGAAGAACAUCCAAGGUAAUGGAACUUGUUACGUCACCGAAAGCACGAAUCUGCUAGGACUGGAGUGGUGUAUUCAACUUCCAGCGUACAAGGAGUUGAAAGGCAAACUUGAAGAAGCAAUGCGCAGAAGUAUUCAAUGCGAACUUGGCAGAUGCGUCAAGACUAAGGCGAAGUUGCUGUUGAGGGACAACGCAGUACCUGUUUUCAAGAAGAAGCGACCAGUGCCCUAUGCCUUCGUGACGGAUUUGGAUGCUGAAAUUGAUCGGCUAUUUGCCGAACAAGUGAUUUCCCCAGUAGAGCAUUCAGAGUGGGUCACGCCUAUCGUUGUAGUCAAGAAGAAAAGUGGACAAAUCCGCUUGUGCGGAGACUUCUCGACAGGAUUAAAUGAUGCACUUCAGUUGCACCAGCACCCGUUGCCCACCGCGGAGCACGUGUUCACGAAGCUGAAUGGAGAACAGCUUUUCACGCAUAUCAACUUCGCUGAAGCAUAUCUGCAGGUGGAAGUUGAAGAAGAAUCGAAGGGAAUGCUGACGAUUAAAACGCACAGAGGACUGUAUCGCUACAAUCGUCUACCCUUCGGCGUGAAGUCAGUACCUGGCAUAUUCCAGCACAUCAUGGAUUCAAUGAUAUGUGGACUGGAAGGCGUUGCUGCCUAUCAGGAUGACGUUAUAGUCAAAGGCCGCACACAACAGAUCCGUUAUCUUGGAUGCAGCAUAUAUAAGGACAAACGUAACCCUGACCCAGAGAAGAUUGAGGCCAUCCGCCAGAUGCCAGUACCGAAGAACGUGGCAGAGAUGCGCCAUUUACACGCACUGCUGGAUGCUUUGUUGAAGAAGGACGUUCCGUUCAAAUGGAAUGAGGAAUGUGAAGCAGCCUUCAAUCGCGUCAAGAAAGUGCUUGCUUCAGACCUGCUUCUGACGCAUUUUGAUCCUAGUCCGUAUAUAAUUGUAGCGGCCGACGCGUCAGACCAUGGAAUUGGAACAGUGUUUCUGCACAGGAUGCCGGAUGGGACCGAGAAAGCAAUAUGGCACGCAAACCGAAGUCUCACUGCUGCAGAAACGAACUACGGUCAGAUCGAGAAAGAGGGACUCGCCUUGAUAUUCGCUGUUAGGAAGUUCCACCGUUACAUAUAUGGACGUUGA